AUGUCUUCGGAAGACGAGAAACACCGCGCCGCCAGCGACGAGAAGGCAACGUACGGUGUCCAGACUGUAUCUUCCUCUGACGAGUAUCUCGCUGAAUAUGAAGAUGCCGCGGUCACCUCUGGUGCACCAGUGGAGAGGAUCAGUCCACUGGGUUAUCAUGUCGACGCCCUUAGUGUCAUCUUUCUGAAUAUCAGCAAAAUGAUUGGAACUGGAGUUUUCUCAACUCCUGGUGCCAUUCUGUCGGCAGUUGGAUCGGUAGGGCUUAGUCUCAUUUUCUGGGUCAUAGGUUAUCUUUUUGCUGGAGCGUCUUUGGCUGUUUACCUUGAAUACGCAUCUUAUUUCCCGCAUCGUUCUGGAGCAGAAGUUGCAUAUCUCGAGAAGGCUUACCCCAGGCCGAGGUUCCUCAUUCCUACAGCCUUCGCUGUCCAAUCCGUCCUCCUGUCGUUCAGCAGUAGCAAUGCAAUUGUUCUUGCUAGGUACCUUCUAGUGGCUGGGGGCGCACAAGCUACGACUUGGAAUAUCAGGGGGUUGGCCGUCGGCAUGUUUACAAUAAUAGUUAUCAUUUGCAUACUAAGUACCAAGUGGUCCCUUCGUCUCUCAAAUGCUAUCGGCGUUGUCAAAGUCAUUACCCUUGUUUUUAUUGCCAUUACAGGACUUGUGGUACUUGGUGGAAAUACUCGGGUUGAAGAUCCGACUGCUAACUUUAGAGAUGCAUUUGCGGGUACAUCUUCGAACGGAAACGGGUUAGCAACUGCACUUGUCAAGGUCAACUUUGCGUAUGCAGGAUUUGAGAAUGCUUUUAAUGUUUUGAAUGAAGUCAGAAACCCAGUGAAGACAGUAAAGCGAUAUGCUCCCAUAUCGCUCACCAUUGUUUUCAUUCUCUACUUCUUCGCCAAUAUUGCCUACUUUGCGGCUAUUCCCAAGGAGAAGAUCGAGUCAUCAAAUGUACUGACCGCCAGUCUCUUCUUCACGGCUGUAUUCGGGAGCAGCAAAGCUGUCACUGCCAUGAGUGCACUCAUCGCAGUCAGUAGUUUUGGCAACCUUCUGGCCGUGAUCAUAGGUUCAUCGAGGAUCAUCCGAGAAUGCGGAAGACAAGGCGUUUUGCCAUAUCCCAAAUUCUGGGCCUCUACGCGCCCUUUCAACACCCCUCUGGGCCCAUAUUUGUUGAAGUGGAUUCUGACAGUCAUUGUCAUUAUCGCCCCGCCAGCUGGAGAUGCGUUCAAUUUCAUCGUUGACCUGCAAUCAUACCCCGGAAAUGUCUUCAGUUUCUUGAUGACCUUGGGCCUUUUCUUUGUGCGGAAGCGACGGGCUAGCAUCGGUGCACCGCCCACCGAAUUCAGAGCGUGGAACGUUGUCCUUAUCUUUGCAAUCCUCGUAAACAUUUACCUCCUUAUCCUUCCUUGGGUCCCGCCUGAAGGAGGCAUCUACGCCGGAGAUGUCAGCUUCUUCUACGCUACCUAUUGCAUCGUCGGUCUUGCAAUCCUCGGUAUCUCGGGCUUUGCGUAUGUUUUGAUUAUCCAGGUUCUUCCCAAACUUGGGAACUAUUCCAUCCGCCAACUUCUGGAGCGACUUCCUGACGGUGCACAGACGACCGUGCUCGUUAAGGUCCCCAAUGAUGAGCUAGCUCACUGGGAUGCUACCCACGACAAACAUGGCGAUGUAAUCCCUGAAAGUAAACAGUAA